AUGUCUUCAUUAGUCACUUUAAACAAUGGUUUGAAAAUGCCCCUAGUCGGCCUAGGAUGCUGGAAAAUUGACAAAAAAGUAUGUGCCAACCAAAUAUAUGAGGCUAUUAAACUAGGAUACCGAUUAUUCGAUGGUGCUUGUGACUAUGGUAACGAAAAGGAAGUUGGUGAAGGGAUCAGAAGAGCGAUUUCUGAAGGUCUUGUUGCUAGGAAGGAUGUAUUUGUCGUUUCUAAGUUAUGGAACAAUUUUCAUCAUCCUGAUCACGUCAAAUUAGCUUUGAAGAAGACGUUGAACGACAUGGGGCUUGAUUACUUGGACUUGUAUUAUAUUCAUUUCCCAAUUGCCUUCAAAUAUGUUCCCUUUGAAGAGAAGUACCCACCAGGAUUCUACACAGGUGUAGAUGACGAAAAAAAGGGCCAUAUUACUGAAGCACACGUUCCGAUCUUAGAUACGUACCGGGCUUUGGAAGAAUGUGUUGACGAAGGUUUGAUCAAGUCCAUUGGUAUUUCUAAUUUUCAAGGGAGUCUGGUUCAAGAUUUGUUGCGUGGCUGUCGGAUCAAGCCUGUAGCUUUACAGAUCGAACAUCAUCCUUACUUGACCCAAGAGCAUUUAGUAGAGUUUUGUAGGUUACACAAUAUCCAGGUAGUGGCUUAUUCGUCCUUUGGUCCUCAGUCAUUCAUUGAGAUGGACUUACAAUUGGCGAAGACCACACCAACUUUAUUUGAGAAUGAUGUAAUCAAGAAGAUCUCACUAAAUCACCCAGGUAGUACUACCUCUCAAGUCCUUUUAAGAUGGGCAACCCAAAGAGGUAUUGCUGUCAUUCCAAAAUCUUCUAAAAAAGAAAGAUUACUUGGCAAUUUAGAAAUUGAAAAGAAGUUUACUUUAACAGAGCAAGAGCUGAAGGAAAUUUCUGCUCUGAAUGCGAACAUCAGAUUCAACGAUCCGUGGACUUGGUUAGAUGGUAAGUUCCCCACUUUUGCCUGA